CGCCGGGACAAGAUGGCGGAGCGGGAGCGGGGCGGGAGGUCGGGCCGGGGGCCGCAGGUCCUGGUCAUCCCCCGCAGCGCGGCCGAGGAGCAGCGGCUGAAGCUGGAGCGCUUAAUGAGGCACCCGGAGAAACCAGUUUCAAUCUCCGAGAAACCCAAGGAAUGGGCUCCACGGCCGCCCCCAGAGUUUGUUCGUGACGUUAUGGGAUCAAGUGCUGGUGCAGGGAGUGGAGAGUUCCAUGUCUACAGACAUCUUCGUCGCAGGGAGUACAUGAGAGAGGAAUUCAUGGAGAAGCAGGCAGCCCAGCAACGUCUGGACGAUGAGUUCCAGAAGAAACUAGACGAGAACAAGAGAGUGGCUGAAGAGAGGACAGAGAAACGCAGGAAGAAACGUCAGAAGUUAAAGCAAAAGAAAAUAUUGGCAAAGAAAGCCAAGCAGGAGGAGACGAAAGCAAUAGAUGGGUCCAAAACUUCAAGCAGUGGUGAAGACGAGGAGGUGGAAAGUCCAGAGGAGAAGGCAGAUGAUUCAGAAGCAUCGAGCUUUAUCAUGGGUGGCCGAUGACUUGAUCCCAAAUGGGCCCGUGUGUCUGUGUGCUGGAACUCCCUCACCAACGGAAUGAGUGAUAAUGUUUCAGGGACUUGAACCAAGUUGCCUUUUCUGUGCAUGGGGCAAGCCAAACGUCUGCAUUCACUUCAUGUAAUUUUCUGCUAUAUUUGAUAUUCAAAUAGAAAAUGCAUUGCCAUGUUCUGAAUAUUGUGGAAUAUUUAAUGUAGAAAGUUAACAUUUUACAUGGUUUUGUGGUUUAAAUGUAUAUAUUGAGCUUAGUAAAAUUCUAACUAAAUAAUGCUGUUGUAAAUCAGAUAUCUGAUUUUUUUUUGUAAAACAAAGAAGCUUUUCAAUGCACUGCCCCCUCCUUUCAUUCCUUCCUAAAAUAUCCCCAUUUCUGCAUGACCCCACCCUACUGGAUCUGGCCUCUGCCACU